GUAUAUAAAUAGACCCGUGGUGUGGUGGUGGCCAGCCACGACCGGCCAUGACCACCGAGUUCCUCAGGGUGAAGAAGUUCCACCAGGACGAGGCCGCCCGGAGCCGGAGACUGAUAGAGCUGCAGCCGGAGCUGUCGCUCGGCCCAGUGUGGCCGGGCUUGGCAACCGGUGGUGGCCUGGCAGCCAAGAGCUCCUCGAUCGAGUCUCAUGGAAGCCCCCGGAAGAAGAGGAAGAACUAUACGGCGGCCAGCUGGGACUGGGAGGUGCAUCAGCAGCCGCCCGCGAGCCUGGAUCUCCAGCUCAACCACCCCCUGCCUCUCGACUGGGAACAGUGCCUCGACCUCCAAUCUGGGAGGAUGUAUUACCUGAACAGGAAGACGCUGAAGAAGAGCUGGGUUCGACCCCGGGAGCAGAGCCUGAAUAACGUGGACCUCAACAUCUCCACAGCUCCCGACGAGGAUGAGCCAGGGAAACCCGCUGGCACCUUGUUCUCUGGAGGCAACAUGGUGGCCGUGCCGUGCGCCAACUGUCACCUCCUAGUCAUGCUCUGCAUGUCCUCCCCGUCCUGCCCCAACUGCAAGUUCGUGCAGCCGCUGCCACCUUCUGUUGUGCCGCCUGCCUAUCCGAGGCUCGGUGCCGCCGUCAAGCCGCUGGAGACCCUCAGCCUUCUCCAUUAGGCGCAUGCACGCGCGCUCCACUGGCAGAAGCUUGUAGAAAGGAGGAAACCAUAGUUGAGUUGUGUGGUGCAUGGGUUAGUAUUACUAUUACCUGGGUAAUGGGUGUAUGAAUGUGAAAUCAUGCAUGCAUAUAAAAAGGGGUACGGUCGGUUGCACGAAUCAAACAAAUCAAUCAAAUCUACUUUAUUU